GCGGAGGGUUGGGGAUGGGGGCGGAGGGGCAGGCCCGGAUCCUCCAGCCCCUUCCGCUCCCCCCACCGCGGCGCCCGGCUCUCUCUCCUCCCCUCCUGGCCUGGGAAGGCGCUGGCCCGGCCGCUUCCCCCAACCGCACAGCGCGAACCAGGAGCCCCUACCCCCACCCCUGCGCACACACCCCGCGUCCCUCCUCGCGGCGGGCCAAGCCGGGCCCAGGCUCUUUCUGCAUCCCAGGCGACCCUGUCCGGGGCCGUCGGGGAGAGACUGGGCCAAGGGCAUGGAGGCAGCGACCCAGCCCACCAUCGGCUGUCUCCAAGGGGCCAGUCUCACUAGCCAAAAAGCCAACUCCAUGGAGACGACGUCAGCUGUGGAAAAAAGUGAUUCUGAGCCCAACAAUGGACAUCUUCUCAGACCUUGCCCCUGCCCUCAGGAAGACAGAACACCCAAGUGCACACUCCCCCAGCCUCCCAGGGUAUGGGGGAUACAGCAUCAAGGCCCUUCUGUGUUGGAGUCUAAGGUGAGGGCCCUGAAGGAGAAGAUGACAGCUAGCAGACAGGGGGCAAGCCCUUGCCCUGCCACCUCCAAGCGACCAUCCUCCAAGAAGCACAAAUGCAGAGGAGUCAAGGUGACUGGUACUCCAUCAUCAGGGUCUUCUGGAUCAGAGACAAUGGGGGUUCUCCCUGCUCAGAGCCUAAACAAUAGGCAGCUGGACAGCAGCAUCCGUGAAGAGGAUCUUGCUAGGAAUGGGGACCACAGGCUGCCCAGGCCACCUGAUCCUGGGCUUGAGUGCUGGAAUGGGAGGAGCCUUUGGCCUCCAGAAGCCUUAUGGACACUGCUUGACCAUGACAGGGGCCUGCUGCGAGAGAACUCCAUUCACAUGACCCCUGCAAAUCAUCCUGGGGGCCCUGAGCCCUGUAACACCAUCCACACACCUCACCCGAGAAAAGGAAGACCACACGCCCGUCAGGAUGGUCGGUUCAUGGGAGGAGACCUGGACGGCAUGCCUGUAACCUCUGAGGACUUUGUUCCCAGGUCUGCCCUGCUGUCAGGACUCUGUAAAACUGGAGUUCUGGAGGCACUGGGCACGGGUGGCUACACUUUGUCCCUGUCUGACCGGGUAGAGAGGAACCGCCUUCUACUGCAGGAGAUGCUAAGUUCUGGGGGACAGGCCCCCCUAAAGUUGGGAAAUCCAGCCUGGGCUCCAUCCUGGGACAGAGUUUUACCAGAGCAGCUGGUUGGGGACACAGACUGGGAUUCAGGCAUCCACCUGCAAGACUUGGCCCAGAACAGGACCUUUGGUCCCCAGCUGGAGCCCAUGCUGAACCCCAGUCAUGAGGAGGCCAAAUAUCUGCCACAGCGUGCACGCAUGAAGGCCAGGACCCAGCCCCUCCGUGCCAGCCAUGACAUUGUGCCCACCAUCACCCAGGGUAGCCGAGGUAACUGCAGAAAUCCAGGCUUGACUUCAAGGAGACCUUUUGCCUGCAGAGACAGCCUCCAGAAUGGGAGCACGAGUGACUCCUCCAGUGGGGAAUCAGGCAGCUGGCAGUGGCCCAGGCGGGGCUCCUCCCCAUCACGUGUGCGCUUCCAGGAUGAGUCAGCCCGGGAUGCUGAGUCCCGGUACCUAGAGCGGCUUCAGCAGCGCCCUCGCCCUGGACUGGACCAGGGUCUCCUGUGCUCCAAGCCUAACCUGGCCCAAUACCUCCCCAGGGGCUGCCGGCGCCUCAACGAAGAGGCACUGCUUAGGCGGGUCCUCCCAGUACCCCCUGCCCAGGGCAGCCAGAAAAAGUGCCGUGCCUGUGGCAACUGCCUCAACAGUCCACUCCCUGCCUCAGGGAGGGCACCCCCUGACUGGAGGGGGGCCCCAGAGUGUCAGGCUGCUGGUGGGAUAGAGAGGGUGCAGGUAGAGUCCCUUAAUUCCUGGGUCCUGAGCAACCCCCUCAGGCUCUACCCAGCUGACCGAGCACUGCGAACAGAGUGGCUCCGGGAAACACACACUGGGGACCCAUCAGGUCAUCCAGAGGAAGUGGAUUCUGACCUGGAUAGCACGGAUACCUCUGACAGCGGCCGGACAGACAACGAAGAGGUAGGGAAAACCAAGCCCAGCAGGGCACGAAGGGGCAGCCCAAGUCGGAGGGCCUCCAAGCCUCAAGGGGGACCCUGGUCUUUACGAAAGACUGACAAGGAGUCCCCUAGAAGCCCCCACACCCUGCAGCACCCACAGGGGUUUGGUCUGGUGAAGGAUCUAGGUGAGUUGAAAGAAGAUCAAGGACAUAUGCCCAAGGGGACAAUGUCUUCCCAAGAAGAUUCCUCCUCUAAGCCCCCUGUCUUGGAGUCUAAGCAAGAAGCUGCGUCCCAGGAACAGCUUGAACCAGGACCACGAAAUUCCUGGACUUUGUCUGAAGACUCUCAGACUCCAUGCAAGGCAACAUCUGCUUUGACCCCUGCCGUGAGCCCAGAGGCUUCAAGGACUGGCAGGCAAGGCCAGGAUAGAGAUAAGCAUUCAUCUUUAGAAACUAUCUCCCUGCCACCAAGCCAUACGGAGCUCCCCACCCCCCCACAGCCAAGUGUGUCCCUCAGUCCUGAAGUCUGGAUGCCAACCCCUCCUUCUUCAAGGAAGACCCCUUCAUCCAUGUCUCACCGGAAGGCCCUCCUUACUAGAUCCCGUGGGCUAGGGGAACAGAAAGAGCCAGAAGAUAACCCCCUGCCCUCUUGUAGAAAUGUGGUUACCAGGACCUGGGAGCCUACCCCCCCACAGACACAGCCCCGCAGCCCCCACAUCAGGCACCCACUGCUGGCCCUCACCACCAACAAUUGCAACAACAGUGCCCCUCAGGUGCUGCUAGAGCCUCAGGGAGGAGCCCCCCUCCAUAACAAGGUAGAGAAAAGCCUCUGCAUUCAGGAGCCAGAAUGCCUGCUGGAGAAUCACAGAAAUGGGGGACUCCAGAGCAUUGUUGACAGAGGAGCUGGGGCUUCAGAGGAGCCAGAGUCCAACCAGGAACCAGAAGGGGACCUGCAGAAGACACAGUCAUGUUCCAGACAACCUGUGUCAUCUCAAGUACCCUGUGCAGAGCCCUGUGUGCCCCCAGCUGCCCUUUCUGACAGGAGCAAGAAAAUCAGUGCCAGCAGUAUUGCCUCCACCUUGGGGCUGAAAAAGCUUUUCUCAGCCUUGGGCCAGGGCACCCGGCUAAGGGUGGGUAAGUCCCGCAGCUACAGUGUGGAGCAUCUGCAGACCCCCACGCCUGGCACCCCCAAAGUGAAGAGAACCCCAUCGUUACAGAUCCUACAUCUGCAGGUGUCACCCUCCCACCAGCAUCGGAAAGCUGCCUCCUUUCAGAACCUCCACACUCUGCUGAGCAGCAAGGUGGACCGUUCUAGCCUCUACCUCAUCAGGGAGCCAGGAGAUGAACAAGCAACUGGCAGGCUAGCUGAGGUCCAGCCCCGGCGCAGCCUCAGUGUGGAGGAUGUGAGUGCCCCCAGCCGGGCACGCACAGUGGGCCGUGUGGUGGAGGUCUUCCCAGAUGGCACCAGCCAGCUGCAGCUACAACGCUCUCCGGGGGGCACUUUUGGCUUUUGUGUGGCCUCAGGGAAUGGACGCAGGGAUUCAGGCUUCUACGUGCAGGCGAUGACUGACCGGGGCACUGCCAAGCUCUACUCAGGGCUGCUGGGGGUGGGGGAUGAGAUCCUGGAAGUGAAUGGGGCCAAGGUGGCAAGACUGGGCUUAGUGCACGUUCAAGAGCUGUUGGCCCACGCUGACAGCUUGUCUCUGCGAGUGCUGCGGCAGAGGCCUGGCCCAAGGUGAUCUGGAGCUCUUGCUCUCACUGUCACGCCCCCUGCCCACCACCCCACCUCUGCCGCAGAAGACCUGAGCCGCCUCCCCACCUGUUAUCUGGAGUGGUGGUAGCUUGGAACAUAUCACUGCUUUUGUCAACUGAAAAAAAAAGUCAUGGUGGCAUAUAACCCCUUAGGCUGUGACAGUGCUUCUGUGACCAACCCCAUUGGAAACAAGGAAGGAGCCUAGUUGUACCUGUUGUGGAAACCUCAUGCAUUUGUGCAGGACUGGGAAAGAAGUAAGGGUCUCCCUCCACUAUUUUGUGACACUGCCUUCCUGUAUCCUUGUUGACAAGGAGAGAGGUUUAGGAGUCCCUCCCUCCCCUGUGUGUCCCAUCCUGCUACACACCCUGUAGCUCCAGCCCUGAGAACCAAAGAAAAUACCUGGCCAUCUUGGCUUUGAGCUGCUUUUCCCAGUCUCCUUUCUCCAGCUUCCAUUUUCCACCUGUGUUUUUUAACCCAAAAAUGGGUCAGGCGAACUUUUGCUAGUGAUUAGAUUUCAAAACCAAAAUUGGCGCUCACAGUCCUUCCUCUGUGUGAAGACUUCUGGGUCCUGCCUCUGAAGUUCUACUUCCCAGGACUUCUGGGAAGUUUUGGCGAUACAUGAAAGUUGAAGGAAAAUCAAAAGAAACCAGACCAGUUUCAGGAACACUUGUCCCCUGCCUGUGUCACAUCCUGUCAGCUUUGGACAUGCUCUGACCAAAUUCCCUAGUGGCACCUGUGUGUGGGUAGACCAGUGGGCAGGGAUGAUUGUCUUGCCUGGAGUGUCCCACACUGGCCUGAACUCUACCCAAAGGCCUGCUUUCUCUGUCAGCUAAUGACCAGCUGAGUCUUAAAUGAUUAAAAUACCAAUUCAGAGCUAUACAUCUACUUUCCUUUAACAAGCAGUGGGCAGGGAUCAGUGGUGGGUAGGGGAGGUUAGAGGGUGUGUUGAGGUGGUGAGUGUCCUCAGUCUGUACUCUGGAAGGGAGGACCAAGGUCUGUGAUUGGCUCUGCCCCUAAAACUGACUUCUCAGGGGCAGCCCCCUGCUCUCUCCUUUCUGCCUUUCCUAGUCACCCCUUACUUUCUUCCUGGAGGUCAGAUAUGGGAACAGGAGGUGGGCAACAACUCAGAUUAAGGACUAGUGAUGUUCACUUCACAGGGUGGGGGCACGGGGUCUUGACAAGGAGGAGGGUCAGAGCUCUCACCUAGAGCAGGGAAGGGCAGGCAGGUCUCUCUCAGCCUAUUCCUGGGCAUAAAAUUCAUCUGCUGUUUCUCAGACUAGCAUUAGACACACAAAAUAAAAUGCAUUUAGAGCCCUGCACAAGCCAAGGGUAGGUUUUAUUUGGGAAAUGCUUCUUUCAGAUGUUAUGUGUAUCUGAAGUUGUAAUUGAAAAUGUUGUUAGGAUCCUAUUCUGGAGGGAGGCAAAGCUGCUGAAAUCUUUCCUAUCUGAUGACUGGCCUGAAUGUUCCUGGUCCUUGAGGGGAAAGAGACAUCCUCAAUCCUAUCUCUCUAUCACCAAGAGGAUGCUGGGUGACGUACUACAUCCCACGGGUGGAGUGGCUUGACCAAAUAUCCAGGUCCUGUAAACUGACCUCCUUCAGAACCACUGGGCCCUUCUGUGGGUUUUCAUUGGUUGCUGGUUCCCUGGCCCACCAUGCCCAAAUUCCAUGCAUUCCCCCACCUGGAACUUCAGCUAGUCAUGUGUUGGCUGAAACAGCCUACAAGGUAAUGGGAUGCCUUCCUGAGAAGCACUGUCACCUCAUGCUAACCAUGCCCCCUUCCCUUAAUCCCAUAGGAUCUGAGCCCUGUCUUGUCUUCCUCUACCAGGUUCACCUGGCAACACAUUGACUUUUGUUGUCCAUUUGCCUAAGCUACUCCCCACCCAAACCUCCAUGCCAGUCCUGGAGCUAUUUCUCAAAGUCCCACUAUCACUAAUCUGCUUCUCUUCUUCCCUCCAGAGUCAGAGCACCUGCUUAGAAAUGGCAACAAUCUCCCUUGGCAGGAAGUAUAGCCAGCUUUCAGGCUCCAGAUUUGGCUGAGGUGGAGUGCUGGUUCAAGGAGGGGGCUACUGGGGGAUAGCCCUGGUGUUCUGCACCUGGAGACAGGCCAUAAUAGUUGCCCUGCCAGCCCAGAGGGUAUCUGGGCUCCCCUUUGGAUGUCUGGCUGCCUGCUGGGCUUGCUUUUGUCUUGUCCUUCUGAAAUCUGGGCUCAGACCCCACUCUCAGGGAUCUGGCCAGGUGCCAGCAUUAGAAAGAGGCUGGCCCUGCCCUGGGGUGCCCAGAGCCCUGGGGCAGUCAGCUCCAGCUAUGAAAAAGAAACCAGUGUGCCAAGGACUCCAAUGGGAACCCCAGGAAGGCAGCCCACCCCACCUGGUGGGCAGAAAAACUCACCAGAAGACCAGCCCCAAGUUCCCUAGCCUCCCUCCUGCUGCAUGUUAAACCUGAGACCUGGGGUGCUGGCUGGCACUGGAGUGCAUGGUGGUUAUAUGUCCAACACUGAUUCUUAUCUGGAACCCCCCCCCCCCCUUAAGCCCAGGCUCCAAGUUUUUCUGACUUUAUAAGAGUUAGGCAUGUUUCCAGUUAAAACUCCAAAACAUUUUACCAGCAAGACUGAUCUGAGGCCCGUCUUGGGUUCUUUGACUUCCACAGUGAGGUAGUAUAGUGCUAGAGGUGAGGUCAAGAUGUUAUCCAGGCUUUAUCUUUGGCCUUUUGGGGAAUACAAUGUCAGCCCACCACUCAUUUGUACCAUUGUCUUUUUUUUUUUUUUUUAACCUUCUCUUUCCUUCCUUAGCUUUAUCUUUGCUGUUGCUCUGGUUAGAACACAUAGUGAAAUGCCUGCUCAUCACCACUGAAAUGUGAAUAACACAUCUUUCUUUCACCUUUUUUUUUUUCAAUAUGCUUUAUUAUAUUGAUCCUGGGCCAAAUUUUCAUUCUUUUUAUUUGAGAGAGAGAUCACAGCACUGUUCCACUGUGGAGCACUCCUUACUCCUACCCCCAAACUAGGUACUGUGCAUAGUGCUCCUGUGUAGCAGUGAAACUUGAUCUUUGGGUCCUUGAGUAUGGUAAGGCAUGUGCUCUACUGAGUGAGUUAUCUCUGAGCCCUUAACACCAUUUUUUUUUUCUUUUAAGAGAGGCCAGAGGCUAAGUUCUGAUCCUGACUCCACCAUUCAUUAGUCAUAACCAUGAGCUAAGUUCUCAGUUGCUCCAGGCUUCAGUUUUCAGGUAUAAAAAUGACUGCAACGUUAUUUCCCCAGUGUGCCUAAUGUCUUGGUCAAAGAACUGCUCUCCACAGCAGAUUCUCAUCAAAUGCUGUCCCGAAGUAGAAGCUCCUUGUUAAAUACAAAGUUGGGGACAUCUGUUCCUGGAUUACAUAGACAGGGGACAAGUAUUCCUGAAACUGGUCUGGUUUCUUUUGAUUUUCCUUCGACUUUAUGUAUCACCAAAACUUCCCAGAAGUCCUGGGAAGUAGAACUUCAGAGGCAGGACCCAGAAGUCUUCACACAGAGUUGAUAACACCAUUGCAAAGGUGAUCCUGUAUUGCUGUGAACUCUUGUAAACGGAAGAGAGAGCACAUGAUGAUGUGUUUAGAGGCAGGGCACAGCACUGGCAAAAGGUCAAAGGAUAUGCCCAAAUGGUUUCUGGACAUUUUCACCCCCCAGCAUCCUCAUGCCAGAGGUGUCUUAUUGAGGGACUUCUGUGCUCAGGUUGUCUGCACUUGCAUACCACAGGAGCCUCUGCUAAUGCUGGGGAUUUUGGCACUGUGGAGGAGGGUCCCUGUUCCCAGACAUCCAAUACCCUGAAGUUGACAUCGAUGAAAGCUGGAAAUACCCUCUUGGACAGUGAGAAGGGGCUAUCAUUCCUGGGAGUUUUAUUUCCCCUUUAGGUCUUGACUCUAAAUCAGUUUCAACCGAAGUUGGAAUCAGUGUAAGGCUUACAGGCGGGUGGAACCUUAUUUAUGAUAGCAGAUCACUUGGUGUCCAGCAGACCCUGAGAGGAGCUGAGGUAUUGAUGGAAUUGGAACCCUCCCCUGUGCCUAAAUCCACAUUUCUCCCAAGGUGUGAGGUUGCUCUGCUGUUAUCAAGGGAUACAUAGAACCAUUCCUCCCAGUCCUCAAGCAUUAACCACAAUGCUUCGAAUAGGCAUUGUGUGCUCCUCCAGCAAGGCUAGUUAGCAUGCCUGUUUGCCUGUAGCCCUUCCUGCCCAGGCUUUCCCCAGCACUGAUGUGUACUCAGUGCCAGUCCCUGGGGCAUAGAAACUGGCUGUGUCUCUCGCUGCUGUGCAACCUUGCAAUAUUACUUUUGUGACCUGGUUUCCUCGUCUGCACAAUUUGGGGCAUUAGAUGAGGCACUUCAUAGUUUUGUGCAUCCAUUUUAAAUAUUUAAGUACUAUGUGAGUUAAUAUUUAGAAUGGUGCCUGGCACACUAAAAGGUGUUCUGUAUCAGUAAGGGUGAGGGAAUCAAAGACAGAAUGGAAAGAAGAUUCUUCCUCUGAAGGCACUUUUGUUGUCGGCAUAUUUGAAGGACUCUUUAAACUGUUUGGGGGCUUAUACAGAGCUGACUCAGCCAGAGAAAGAAGUGUUUAGGAUUGGGACCAUCCAACAGCCAAAAGCCUUUCCCACCCCAGCUAUCUACAGUUCUGUGUUUAUUCCUGGUGGCAGAAGAAGAGGGAGUCAAGCAAAUGAAACAAAAACCACCCAGGACAAAGCUCUAGGUUUUUCCAUUUCUCUUUAAUACUGAACAAUGGUCUUUAUACAGCUGCAACACAAUUUCAAGAGCAGAAGUAAGAAACAUUACUAAUGGACUCUAGGGUGUAAAAAUAUCAUUUUUAAGGAUGGCUACUUGAGGUUUUUACUUUUUUAUACAAGUAUUUUUUUAAGUUUUCAAGUUUAUAGUGUCAACACUUUUUCAAUGUCAGGAUUACAAUCAAAGCUGUGAAAGAUGCUUUAUUUGCAGGAAUGGCUGACUAUACCCUUAGUUCCACAACACAGUGGUUCUCAAACUAGGGGGUGAGGAUGGGGACAUCAUAGUCCCGUGGGGGCUCGAUAAACAGCCACUGAACCACACCUUGAGUCUGACUCAGUAGGUCUGGGACCUGGGAACCUACAUUUCUAACACAUCCCCAAGAGAUGCUGUGACCAAAGGUCCCCACACACUUGGAGACACAGCAGGUGGAGGGAACAGGAGUCUUAUCUACCUGUGCAAGGGCUGUAAACUUCUGGCACCAGUGCCUUGUCAUGAUGAGGGUGGGGGAAGCACCAUCUGGAAAUCACCCAGGCAUUUGCAAUUCUAAUCCCUGAUCUCGCCUCUUAAGUUUGCACCUUUUACUUUUUUUUUUUUUUAACUGAAACACCAUAAGGUUAUUUUUUCCUGGAAAAAUACAAUAGUUUAGUCCUGGUGAGUACUACCAUAUAUUACACAUUCCAUUUUUCAAUUGCAAAUGACAUUUCUGAUUACAAAUGAGCCAGGGAAAGCAUAUUUCUAGGAAUGAGAAUAGAAUCCCUACCAUUUACAGCUUGCUUCUUUUGGUCCUUUCCUGGGCAGUUUCUGGGCCAUUCCUCACCAGACGUGGGUCAGUUGGACAUAGUCACAUGGCACUUAGCAAGCAGUUGCAAUAAUUUAUCAGCAGGACAUCUGGCUGGCCUCUUCUCUUACAAACAGAUGACAGAACAGAUACUCUAUUAGGAUGUCUGCUUCUUCCAGAACAGGCCUUCAUGGCAGGACUUUUAGCAGUAACGCUCAGGUAAGACUUUUUACAGAACCAGAAAGAGCACUCCUGAAGCUGGUGCUACCCAGACAGGCAGAGAACCUCACUAGAGUGGAGUAUGAGUCCACCAUCAAUCCCAGAGCAUAGGGCUCCAGAGCUAUGGUCAGCAGACAGCAAAGCAGUGGGCUUAGAUUUAAAACCUUUUGGGUAAUCAAGUGGCCUUUGGGUUUCCUAACUUAUAACCUUAAAGACAACAAAAUGGUAAUCCAUCUCAUGCUUUCUUACAGAGUGCUGGCUGUCACUGGCAAACUAGGGGCAUGAGAUGGAUUUCAUGUGGACCCCAAUCAGAAUGGACGGGUACUGGGACUGUCACUACCCAAGCAGAGUUCCUGUCUGCUCAGCCAGUGGGCCACCAGUGGGCCACAUCAGAAGGAAAUGACACCAACACACUAAGCUCUUUCUUACUUGUCUCUCCAAGUAUCUGUGCUCAUUAAGAGACUAUGCCAAAAGAUUCCAAAUACCUACAGACAGUAGCAACAAGGCCAAAGCACCUCUCUUCAACAUAGCUUCAGUGUUUGUCCAAAGGAAAGAGCAUCCUAGGGGUGUGAGGGAAGCACAAGUCACUGGUAGCCCCUUCAGCCAUGUCACGGAAGCAUUGUUAAUGCUGAAAGCUUAUCUGAUAGUGUGGACUCUAGGCAUGGAGACUUGUUAAUGACACACCAAGUUGCUUCAACUUGUUGAUAUGACACCCCAGUUGCUUCAACUCUCAAUGUCGAGGACAUGAGCCCAGGUCCUUCUGAGUCUUCUGGGGGAGGGGUAGUGGUGGUGCUGAUCCUGGAAACUGGCUAACUGGGAGUGGCUGUCCCACCAGGAUGAUCAGGCUUCAGCAUUGGAGGUUCUCUGCAGGGCUAUUCUACUAUACUCAGAACCCUCAGAACCUGGACUUAAUACCCGACAGCAGUUUCCCAGUAAGAAUAGCAUGCAAGUUUAUGAAUGGCAGAUCAAUGCUGGUCCAGCAAGAGUAGGACUGCCUUUUUUUAAGUUUAAGCACACUCUGUGAUGUGGGGGCUGGAAAAGGGCACUUGGACAUCCCAGAAAAAUAACCUCCUCUCACAAGGUCAGUAGCAGAGACCCAGGAGGAGUCAAGUGUCUGAUGACCUCACAGGGCCUUUCAGUGAUGCCACCUGAAAAAGACCAACUUCGGUCAGGGAGGCACAUGCAGGUGCUGGGGUAGGGACUCCAUCAGUCUGCAAACACAUUGGUUCAUCUUCUGUCACUUCUAAUGGACAAAGAACAUUCUUUUCACAAAUAUAUGUAUCUUUUCACA